AAGAGUAGUAGCAGCUGCACUUUGAUAAAUAAUAUCACCAUAAUCAAGAAGAAUGAAAAUGUAUCCACUUACUACUGUAAGUCGCUCUGGAUAACAGCGUCUGCUAAAUGAUUAAAAUGUAAAUGUAAAAAGGUCGACUGAAUGACAUAAUAGUCGUUCAAGACCUCAACUCUCAACCUGACUUUCUCUUGAUUGCCAAUAUCAACUUGAUGAGGAGAGACUAUACCUGAAUAUGAUUAGUAUGCAAUUAAUAUUGAUUUGUUUUAGAGUGAUGUAAAUAUUGAUCAACCAUAUGCACAAGGGCCCACUGCUAAUUUAGGACAUGAACUACAAGGAUGAAGAGUUGUGUGAUAAACAAACUGAGCAUCUAACACUCUUUCUCAAUGGCCCUCAGCAGGGAUAGGUUGUGCUGUUUGUUUCCUAUUAGUAUGACAGCCAGCAGCGCCACCGUGUGGAAGGUAUGGAAACAGGGACUCCUCCCCAGUGCAGAGUUCUGAGAUCUCUCUUCCUGCGGUCAGCCUUGUUUGACAGACAACAUUGGCGCAUUGUUUCACACAUUUAUAAAGACAAUUAUCCCGUACAUACCGAUAAUUCAGAGGCAUACAAUUUUGCACAUUCUUUUCGGGAACAAGGGCUGGAGAGGCAUCGUCUAGAAUGGGGAACAGAGACGAUGAAUACGAUUUCUUGUUCAAAGUUGUGCUAAUUGGGGACUCUGGUGUCGGGAAGAGUAACUUGCUCUCUCGGUUCACACGGAAUGAGUUCAACCUUGAGAGUAAGAGCACCAUCGGGGUGGAGUUUGCCACCCGCAGCAUCCAGGUGGAUGGGAAGACGAUAAAGGCCCAGAUAUGGGACACGGCUGGACAGGAACGUUACAGAGCCAUCACCUCCGCCUAUUACAGAGGGGCAGUGGGUGCUCUCCUAGUAUAUGACAUCGCCAAGCACCUGACCUAUGAAAACGUGGAGCGCUGGUUGAAGGAACUGAGGGAUCAUGCAGACAACAACAUCGUCAUCAUGCUGGUGGGCAACAAGAGCGACCUGCGCCACCUCAGGGCCGUGCCCAUGGAUGAGGCCCGGGCUUUUGCAGAGAAGAACACUCUAUCCUUUAUUGAAACUUCAGCCUUAGAUUCAACAAAUGUAGAGGAAGCUUUCAAGAAUAUCCUUACAGAAAUCUAUCGCAUCGUAUCGCAGAAGCAGAUCGCUGAGCGGUCCGCCCAUGACGAGUCCCCUGGAAACAAUGUGGUGGACAUAAGUGUUCCGCCCACCACGGACCAGAAAGGGAACAAACUGCAGUGCUGUCAGAACCUGUAACCCAUGAUGACGCUUACCUUCCCCUUUCUGUCAUCUCAAUGUUGUGGCGCAAACAUUCUUCAUUUUGUGUAAUAUACUUUUGUUUUUGAUAGCUUGUCAACUCACAUUAUAUUAAUGCCAUAAAAUAAAAUUUUACAAUAUUACA